UUAGGGAAUACGCCUUGUUACUGUCAUUAGCAUAUCCAGUUAUAUCUGAGUUUUGAAACAAUACUAAAAUACAUUCUACCAAGGUGGACGAGUUACUUCCUGCUGUACUGGGUAGAAGUAAACAAUCACAACAACUGCUGCGUCAGAUUCAAGCACAUGAAACGUGACUUGCUUGUCAUGGAUUUCUUCAUUGUUUUAUACUCAAUUAACGGCUCAUGGUUUAUAUAAUAAAGUACCUACAAAAGGACCAUGGAAUGUUAUUGAUACCCAAUUUGAGAAUCAACACCGAACGGGGCUAAAAUCAACAUAGCUAUAACUACAGAGCCACGUACUCUCCACAACAAGGACAAGAUAACACAAUUCGGAUGAUUGAUGAACCAAGAAUAGGAGCCUAACCUAACCUACAUAGAAGGCAACGUGGAAAAUCUAUGACUCAAGAAAAUGGAGCUUAAUGAACAAGAGAAACAUGAAGAUCAACAUUUAGGACAAGAUGAAGAGCAAGACUUGCAGUCAUUGAAACCUAGGCCUAGGCCUAUGUCACCUAGUAUGGGUAAACGAGUGAGAUUUCAAUCAGAAAAAGGUAAGAUGUAUAAUUUUGAUCUUCUGGUUGAUGAAUUCAACAAACAAAAGAGAUUGUUGCUCAAGAUAAAUAAGGAAGCAGAUUUGUCACUUUCUAAAAAUGAUUGUAAUGUAGGCCUACUACAGGAUGUUGCAAAUAGGCUUCAAAUAGAAUUAAAGAAUAUUGACAUAACUCUCUCCAAAGUGAAAGAAUCAGAAAUACCAGAGGUUGACGUUGUACAGAGUUUAGAGUAUAAUUACCAGGAAAUAUGCUUUGAAAGUCACACUAGGUUAACAAUAUUAAAAGAAAAAAUGAAACAUGACCAAGAUGAUAAAAUGUCAAAUGUCUCUCUAAAGUCAAAGUCUUCAUCUAGUAGGUCACAUCAUACAAGUGUAAGUAAAUCUUCACGUGCUUCUAGUACUAAGAGAAUAGAACUAAGCACAAAACUGGCUAGGUUAGGCACAGAAAGAAAAUACCAUGACAUAAUGGAGAAGGCUAGAGCAGAUUUAAAGAAAUUAGAAAUUGACAAAGAAAUUGAAGCCACUAAUGCUGAGAUAUGUGCAGUUAAUAAAAUUUUAGAGGAAGAAAAUGAAACUGAUCCACAGUCAUGCUUGAGUUUUCCGUCAGGUGAAAAUAACCAACCCACUGAAGGUCUCUUGCACAGAUAUCUUGAGGAUAUUAGAGUUGUAAAUUAUUCAGCGUCAGGUUCCAGUGUACAAAAGUCCCUUUCCUUUGCUGGAGGUUUAGAUAGUAUAGACAAAGAUUUAGACAAAAGGAAGGCAGAAAUAAAGGCAAUGACUGAUCUAAAUCCAAAUGCUCAGGUGUUUAAAUUUCAAACAGAUUUCAUACAACCAGGGAAACCAAGGCUAGACCAUAAUUAUAAUUACCAGCCCAUAGGACGCUCAGAGCCAAGUAAACUUAGGCAAGGCCAAGAAACAAACCGGAACUCAGAUUUCAAAAUACCAAAUAAGCCUAGGCUAGGUUGUACUACUAUAGAUGAGGCAUCCCAUGAGGUAAUAGGUGAACCUAGGCUAAUAGAAGAUCCCAAAAAUGCCUUCACUUGCAAUACACAACCUGAUGUUAAUAGACCAAGGCUACACACUCAUGAACCCCUGGCAGAUUUUCAUGAACAACCUAACAUUAUCAAUAAUGAUAACGUACAGUCCAGUCAAGUUUAUCAAUGGGAUAUUUUAAAAGGUUUUGCUGAUCUUCAAAAUCAGAACUUAGAGAAACUAGCCGACUUGUUUGCUGCAAGGCAACGUAAAGACAAUUUACCCGUUAAAGAACCAGAGGUAUUUUCUGGAGAUUUGCUGAAGUACCCUCAAUGGAAAGCAUCAUUUAUUACAUUAAUUGAAUAUAAAAAAGAUGAUGCUGCUGAAAGAUUGUACUACUUAGGUAAAUAUACGGAUGGUCAGGCUAAAGCUGCCAUUGAUAAUCUUAUUUCUUUUGGCACCCAAGAGGCUUACGACAAGGCUUGGAAGAUACUUCAUGAUAGGUUUGGAAAUAAAUUUAUUGUUGCUGAUGCCUUUAGAAGCAAGCUUGAAGGUUGGCCUAAGAUUACAAUUAAUGAUGGUCCAGGUUUGAGGAAAUUUUCUGAUUUCUUAGAACGCUGUAAAACAGCCAUGGGAAUCAUAAAGUACUUAGCAAUUCUUAACGAUCCUAAGGAAAACAGACUUAUGUUACAGAAGUUGCCUGCUCAAAUUGCAGAGAGAUGGGAUUGUAUAGUAACUAAAAGAAUCACAAUUGAUGAAGAGGAAUAUCCAUCUUUUGAAGAGUUUACAAGGUUCAUAAGUGAUGAAGCCAAUAAGGCAUGUAAUCCAACAUCAUCUUACAGUGCUCUUAAUAGGAGAGAUACAGUAUUUACACCUAAAGAAAAACAACCAUUAAGUAAGGUUGCAAAGCGUACAUCAUUUGCUACUAAAUUUAAUGAAGUUAAUAAUGUUACAAAUGCUGCAUCUGAUGAAAAUAAAUCUAAAAAUGAAAAACAAGCCGAGAGUAAACUAAAUGUAGGAUUUACAUGCUAUUACUGUAGACAAAACCAUGAUAUGGAAAAAUGCCCAGACUUCUUAAAACUUGAUCUUGCUCAAAGAAACCAAUAUUUGACAGAUAAAAAAAUGUGUAGAGGUUGUUUCAAGGUUGGUCAUUAUUCAAGGUAUUGUAAAAGACCAAGGAAAUGUAUUAAAUGCAAGAGGUGGCACCCAACAAUUCUCCACGAUGAAACUUGGAAUAAAAAACCAAGUUCUGGUGAUACCCAACAAGAACAGGCUGUAGCUGUAGCUAAUAGAAUUAAUGUUAACAGAUAUUUUUCAGCUGAUGUUCACUCAAUGAUUGUACCUGUUUGGUUAAGCCAUAGGAAUACAAAUAAUAAGGUCAUGGUAUAUGCAGGAUUGGAUGAUCAGUCAGAUGUUUGUUUUAUCAAAGAAAGUGUCCUAAGGUAUAUGAAUGUCAAUGGCCAAAAUUCUGUCAUCAAGAUAGCGACUAUGCUGGGUGAAGAGGCUAUAAAAAGUACUAAAGUAUUUGGUUUAUCAGUUAAGGGGACAAAUGAAAAUAGUACUGUAAAUUUACCAUGUGUCUACUCUAGAAAAACUAUUCCUGCAAGAAGAGCACAAAUCCCUAAAAAAUGUUCAGCUUUAAGAUGGCCUCAUCUUAAGAAAAUUGCUGAAAGGCUAGUAGAGUAUAAUCCUGACAUUGAGUUAGGUCUAUUGAUAGGUAUAAACUGUAUAAAAGCUGUCAAACCUUUAGAAAUCCUUCCUGGGUCUGGAAAUGAGCCCUAUGGUCAGAGAACAGCUCUUGGAUGGGGAAUUAUUGGUAAUGUAAAUGUCAAUGAGAAUAAUUUAGAAAGUGAUGUUGUUGUUAAUAGAACUGUAGUUGAAGAAAUUGAAAUAAAUUCCAAGAUAUCAAAUAACAUUUUUACAGUACCAACCAAAGUAAAAGAAGUGUAUGAGCCUUAUCAUGUCAGAGAGAUGUUUGAAUCUGAUUUCAUAAGUAAUGUUAGUGACGAUGAGGUAGCUUUGUCAGUAGAAGAAAGACAGUUUAUUGAAAUUGUUAGUAAUGGUAUUAAGAUUAUUGAUGUUAAACAGUUUAAAAUUCCAUUGCCACUCAAAGGAGGUGAUAUUCAGUUCCCAGAUAAUAAGUUAGAAGUCCAGAAAAGACUAUCCAACUUAAAACAAAAGCUUCAGAAGAAUGUAAGCAUGAAAAAUGAUUACAUAAAUUUCAUGAAGAAUAUGAUUGAUAAGGGUUAUGCUGAAAGGGUUCCUUUGAAUGAAACAUGCCUAACUAAUGGAAAGGUUUGGUUUGUGCCACAUCAUGGGGUUUACCAUCCCAGAAAGCCUGACAAAAUCAGAGUAGUAUUUGAUUGCUCUUUUAUAUAUAAAAAUGUAAGUUUGAAUGAUUGUUUACUUCAGGGACCAGACUUGUCAAAUAGUCUAGCUGGUAUUUUGUGUAGAUUUAGAAAUCAUUCUGUUGCAUUUACUUGUGAUGUAGAAGCAAUGUAUCACCAAGUUUUAGUAAAUGAAGACACAGGAAUCUUUUUACGAUUUCUGUUGGUUUGA